AUAUAUAGGAAUUCUACCGUUCUGAAUCUGCAUGCAUUCCAAUGCCAAACUCAGUUAGUUAAUUCUGUGCAAAUUGUUGCAAGUUGUUCUGGUACUAAGUGGUGGUCACCUACACAAAAGAAGCUACUACUUUCUCUUCUUCCCAUAACUUGGGUGCAUUCACCCUAACGAAGUCUUUUCAUCUAGUCAUUGAUUCUUACAAAUCCAUUUAAGCUAAUUCUUCUGAGUUCCAGCAAGUGAGAAACCAGUUGUACACUGGUUCUCCCCAAUCAUUCCAGGCUUGAACUAAAUUAAGCUCAAAAUGAAGUAUUCUCGUUUGUCAUUACUUAUAUUCUGCAUUUCUUUUGUUUGCUUCUUUAUUUCCACCCAAGGUAGAAAGCAUAACCAUACAAAACACAAGCAUACUCACACUCACAAAUCAGCCAGCAUUUCACAACCUCCUUCUCCUUCUCCUCAGCCUGCUGACCCACCUAAUGGUGGGAGUCCCUACAAUUAUACUGGUUUAUAUGAUGUUCGAAACUUUGGUGCUGUUGGGGAUGGAAUAGCAGAUGAUACAGAAGCAUUCAAGAUGGCAUGGGACACGGCAUGUCAAAGUGGUUCGGCAGUUAUCCUUGUUCCCUACGGUUUCUCCUUCAUGAUUCAGUCAACAAUUUUCACAGGUCCUUGCCAAGGUGGCUUAGUCUUUCAGGUUGAAGGAACUCUUAUUCCCCCGGAUGGACCUGAUUCCUGGCCAAAGAACAACAGUAGGCGGCAAUGGCUGGUCUUUUACAGAAUUACUGAAAUGUCACUACAAGGAGGUGGGGUAAUAGAUGGCAGAGGAGAAAAAUGGUGGAAUCUUCCUUGUAAACCUCACAAGGGGAUUAAUGGAGCAACAAUGCCUGGACCAUGCGAUAGCCCAAUUGCUAUAAGAUUCUUCAUGAGCUCAAACCUGAGCGUGCUAGGGCUUAGAAUCAAGAACAGCCCCCAGUUCCACUUCAGAUUUGAUAGUUGCAGAGAUGUCCAUAUUGAAUCAAUUUACAUAACAGCACCUGCCUCAAGUCCCAAUACUGAUGGGAUUCACAUAGAGAACACAAAUGAUGUCAGAAUAUAUAAUUCAGUAGUUUCCAAUGGGGAUGAUUGUGUCUCAAUUGGGUCGGGUUGCCAUAACGUAGACAUAAGGAACAUAACAUGUGGACCUGGACAUGGAAUCAGCAUUGGGAGUCUAGGCAAUCACAACUCGCGUGCCUGUGUUUCCAAUAUUACAGUUAGUGACUCUGUUAUUAAAGUGUCGGCUAACGGAGUUAGGAUCAAGACCUGGCAAGGUGGAUCAGGAGCAGUAUCAGGAUUAACAUUCAGUAAUAUUCAUAUGGAUAAUGUCCGGAACCCCAUUAUAGUUGAUCAAUUCUACUGCCUUAGCAAGAAGUGCACAAACCAAACAUCAGCAGUUUUUGUGUCAGAUAUACUAUACUCAAACAUAAAGGGAACCUACGAUAUUCGAAGCCCACCAAUGCAUUUUGCCUGCAGUGAUUCUGUCCCAUGCACCAACUUAACGCUCUCAGAUGUUGAGCUUCUUCCUGCUCAAGGAGAUUUGGUAUUAGACCCCUUCUGUUGCAAUGCUUAUGGAGAUCUGCAAACACUAACAAUUCCCCCAGUCUCAUGCUUGUUGGAGGGCAUGCCUCGAUCCCUCUUGGACAACGACAUAGGCUAUUGCUGAGACUCAUCUAUAGCUCAUAUCCAUGUAUUAUGUAUGUACAUAAUUGAAAGAGGAAUCAUGGAUUUAUCUUGAUGCCUAAUAUCCUAUGGUUGUGCUGAGGAGUGGAGUUUUUAUGCUUCUCCCUAUAUAUGAAUAUGAAAU